AUGUCAGACCCCGCAAAGGGCAAGGACAAGCUCAGUCCAGACCUCAAAACUGCCAUCGCUUCUCUCGAUGAUUGGCAAGAAGAAGCUCUCUGGGCGUUCGUAGCAGAUACCGGUCUGCCCGCCAGACAAGUUCUCGACCUCCUUCAGAGAUGCUAUUUCAAUUCGAUCGCAGCGUAUGUCAGCCUCGACGAAAGUGGAGGUCGGGCCCCCAGAGCGCGUGUGGAUAGUCGCGAUUGCAGCCCAUCACCACCGCAAGCUACGGCCCCCGUCCCAAACCCGCUACUAAUCGACAUGCCUAAUCCUGCUAAACGCCCAAAUAUGAUGACUCUUGCGGAGUUCGUCGGGCUUGAGCCGCCGCUAGAUGCAUCUUCUGCUGAUUGCACACCACGAGCGAGCGCACUUGCCAGCCCUUCGCUCCAUGGUUCAGGAAAGGUGCGCGCUGCAUCCCGAGCCCCAGUACCGGAAAUCGUUGUGACGCCAGACUUUACGAGCUCAUCUGACACUUCUGGACUUCCAUCGGAAAGACCGACUAUGGUUUUGCCCAAACAGUCGCCUAUCCUUGCUACCGCCGCCGCAUCUACUGCCACUGACACCACCAGCACGCAUACCGAAUCAAAUGCAGGCGAGAUGAUCCUCCAGCCGCUUUCUCCAGACUCUUUUUCGACGCCCAAGGAAAGAGAGUCGCUCUUCCUGCCCCCAAGUGCGAGGCGGUUGUGCUUCAAAGAAGAAGUCACCAAGUUCUGGAAUGCUGAGGUAGUUCGCACCGCUUUUGACGAGGUCGAGAUUUACCCAAUCGACCCUCCUCGUGCUGCCGGCGAGCCUCUUCUCGGCGCCUCUCAAGGACCUGAACGGCUCGUGUCGUACUUUCAGCGCGAGGUGAUCGAGGUGGUAGAUGAAGUGUGCAACGAGUUGUUGUGUACUGCGGUUCUGCGGGAAAGUGAGUUCCCAGAGUAUGUCAAUCUACGCCAGGCUGCAGAAAAGAAUGUCGAUGAUGACGAGUCCAUAUUCAACCCGACCUACAUUGUCGAGACAGGAUCAGCACACGAAAACAACGAAACAAGACUCAUCGGACAUGCGGAGUUCGUUGGGGGCAGACCUAGCGCCUUGACGUGGGCGAUACAGCAUAGCAAGAGCAAUGCGUGGGGAAGUUUGAGAUGUGUUGUCGGCGACAUAGCGUCCCAUAUGCUCAUGGGCGGCAUGCGGUUCGCCUUCCUCACCACUUGCGACGAGGUUAUAUUCCUCCGCAUGGACAUCGAAGCGAGGCUUAGAAAGCGCUCCAAAGGAAAGUUGGAUUACAGGUGGUCACAUCCAGUCCUCCUCUAUUCUGAUCCUAUCAAACAUACGGACGUCUUGAAUGAAGCGGAGAAGACAGUCCCGGUUCGUUUGGCCCUGCUAGCCUUGAUGUACGGAUCGAUGGAUGAUGAAGAUGGUUGGCGCCUGCCAGAUGAGACAGUGUUGGGGAAGUCUACGGAGUAUUUUGCGCGAACUGUUGUCGGGGCGAGAUGGCUGCCUACGUUUUAG